AUGAUCGCCAUUGAUCUCAACUUUGCAGAGUGGCAAUGGCAAUAUCAUAUCUCCACUACAUUCUUUGUAGGAGUCAUCUUGCCUCUCCUAUACUACGUCUACGAAAAAUACGUCACGUCCAGGCCGAACAAAUACAACAAGCUUGAGGCACCCAAGAAGCUUGUGUACCCAAUUGCCGACGAGGCAAAGCCUCAUUGGAAGGGCAAAAGGCUAUAUUCGCCGAACAUAGGCUUACGGGUGCCUGGGGAGCCGCUGAAGAUCCAGAGCUACUGUCCAGCCACGGCUCAAUACCUAGGCACAUUUGAAUGCACCAGCAGAAAGGAGAUGGACGAACAAAUACUGAAAGCAGAGGCUGCACAAAAGGAAUGGACAAAGUCAUCAUUUAGCGCAAGAAAGCAGCUCUUACGGACAUUGAAUCAAUUUAUCUUGGAUAACCAAGAGGAUAUCGCGAGGGUAGCUUGCAGAGAUAGUGGGAAGACCAAAUUGGACGCCUCCAUGGGUGAAAUUAUGGUGACUUUAGAGAAGAUCAAUUGGAUCAUCGCCCACGGAGAAAGGGCGCUUAGUCCAUCGACCCGGCCUGGCCCUUCGUCUUUGCUCAUGGGUCUCAUGAAGCACGCCGAGGUUCGCUACGAGCCAUUGGGUGUGGUAGCCGCUAUCGUGUCGUGGAACUAUCCCUUACACAAUCUAAUAGGGCCCGUUUUAGCAGCAUUAUUCAGCGGCAACGCAAUUAUCGUCAAGUGUUCGGAGCAAGUUGUGUGGUCAUCGACGUGGUUUGUGGGCAUGAUUCAUGCUGCUCUUCGGCUGCUUGACAUGAGUGAAGAUCUUGUACAAUUGUGCUACUGCUAUCCAGAAGAUGCAGAGUAUUUCACUUCUCACCCUGGUCUAAAGCAUAUUACCUUUAUUGGGUCCAAGCCUGUGGCAGAGAAGGUGUUGCAGAGCGCGUCGAAACAAUUGACCCCCUGUGUCGUUGAGUUGGGCGGUAAAGACUCCGUUAUUGUGUUGGAUGAUUUGACUGACUACAAAGCACUUUCAUCGGUAUUGUUGAGAGGCACAUUUCAAAGUGCCGGCCAAAAUUGUAUUGGUAUUGAGCGUGUGAUUUGUCUUCCAAGAGCAUACGAUGCGUUGGUAACGAUACUAAAGGAAAGAACCCAAAACUUUCGUCUAGGUUCUGAUAUCGACCAGUUAGAUGAGAUUGAUAUGGGUGCAAUGAUAUCCAACAACCGCUUCCAUGAAAUCGAAGAGCUUCUCGAAGAUGCAGUUUCUAAAGGUGCCCAUAUUCUUGCAGGAGGUAAGCCAUUUCUACACCCUAAUUACCCACAAGGGCAUUACUUUGAGCCUACCUUAAUAGUUGAUGUUGACACCACUAUGAAAAUUGCCAAUACCGAAGUGUUCGGGCCAGUGCUCACCAUGAUGAAAGCUAACGAUGUGGACGAUGCAAUAAAAAUCUCUAAUAGCACAGAAUUUGGUCUUGGAAACUCUGUCUUCGGCAAGUCCUUUAGGCUCUGCAACGAGAUAGCGCAGAGAUUAGAAUCUGGCAAUGUAGCUAUCAACGAUUUUGCUACAUUCUACGUUUGUCAACUUCCUUUCGGAGGUAUAAAGAAAUCUGGCUACGGAAAGUUUGGUGGCGAAGAAGGCUUGACUGGCCUUUGCAAUGCCAAAUCCGUCGUAAUGGACAAACCAUUGUUGAGACUUCUCGGAGUCAAAACGGCUAUUCCACCACCAAUUGACUACCCAAUUGCCGAUGACAAAAAAGCUUGGGGCUUCGUGAAGGGGCUUAACACUGCAAGUUACGAUUCAAGACUCUGGAAGGUCGUAAAUGCAUUCAAAAAACUCGCCAAGGGAGGGGCGUGA